UUUCUUUUUGCUUUCGAUUGGGUCAUUCUUCAUGAUCAACUUGUGCCUGGUUGUUAUUGCUACUCAGUUUUCAGAGACUAAGAAGCGAGAAAUGGAGCGAAUGAAAAUGGAGCGUGCCAGGUUUCAGUCAACUAGUACACUUGCAUCUGGUUCCACUUCGGAACCAAAUUCAUGCUAUGCAGAAAUUAUAAAAUAUAUUGCUCACUUAUGGAGACGAGGAAAGAGAAAAUUUUACAUUCGGUACAAACAGUUUCGCCGGAGAAACAAGUCUGAUCAUCCUCAUCAGCUGAGUCUCAAGAAGCAGCGUCGUCGUCGACAAUAUGAGGCAGCACAGAGUGCCAUUAUCAGUCGGGAAGGUGGAGUAUCUGGAGUGCCAAGCACUGUAGUAGCCAUGGCUCCUACUGUUGGUGGCAUUGGACCUGGUGGAGCCUUAACUGUGAUGAAUAACAUAAGCUCAACAUCUCCACAGCUUUUGUCACCUCCAGAAGUACACGAAGUUCCAGACGACUCGAGAAACAAUAAUGCUCCCCGCAUUAGCCCAGAAUUUUCUGACAUAGAUCCUCAAGCCUCCACACAUCGUCCUGUUCUCCUCAAAAUCUCAAGUGGUACAAGUGGGGAUGGCAGCAAUGAGCUCUUGCCACCAUCACCAGGUGGUCAGGGCACCUGUACCCCACGACAGCGUCGACGCAGCUCUGUCAUGUUCAGUGAUGUAGUGCUUCUUCAUGGUCAUGCUGGGGAGACAGCAACAAAAAAUGUCUGUCACAGUGAGAAGACUACGCAAACUGACGAUGAACCUCUAGAUCCAUCAUAUUUCCGUGAGCCCUUACCCCCAUCACCUCACACACCAGGACCACCUUCUCUUAUGCCCCCUGCUCUACUACCCCCAGCCCUCCUACCCCUUAACAAGAAUAAAUCUUCCUUGCGUUCUGUCUCGCGAACACCCUCAAAUAAUGGUUCAGGGGGAAAGGGUUCUCUCACUUGUGGAGAACUACUGGCACUUAGUGGUGCUCUCUCUGCUGCUUUGCCCACACACUUGGGCAUUGACUCCCGUUCCGUCCACACACUUUAUUCCUCAUUGGCCAAAGGAGUCAAACACUUUUCAGCACCAACUUUAUUCUUUUCUGCUGAUCAAGCCCCUGCAGGUUUCACAAAUUACUAUUCAGAGUCUGAUUCCUGUGACUCAGAGUCUGACUGGAGUGAUGAAGAUUGGAAGGAUGAGGGGACAAAACAGCCUUCUUUAGCCCACAGAUUUUGUUCACAAAUUCGUGUGUAUAUCAAGAAGCUGGUGGAUCACAGAUACUUUCAACGGGGCAUUCUUAUUGCUAUCCUCAUCAACACCCUCAGCAUGGGCAUCGAGUACCAUAACCAGCAACUUGAAAUAAUAAUAAGAUAA